ACCAAAUCUGCAUCGCCACCAUCGCCGCUCUUAUUGGCUGUGCAGUUGAGCCUCUUCUGACGCAGACAUACAUUUGAUGUUCCUUCGACGGUCAGUCCAGACCGGCACUCGGUUUAUGUCAGCCAUGACCCAGUCCAUGACCCCAAUGGAGGACGCUCUGCGGGCCAAGAUUGGAGAUGCAUUGAAGCCGACCAGUUUUGAAAUCUACAACGACUCUCACAAGCACGCACAUCACAAAGCUAUGGAGGGUGUCACAAGCCGAGAGACGCAUUUCCGUCUCGUCAUCACAUCCACAGCCUUCAAGGGCAAGCCCCAACUAGCACGCCAUCGCAUGGUGAACUCUCUCAUGAAGGACGAGAUUGCUCAAGAAGGUGGCAUUCACGCACUACAGCUCACUACUCGGACGCCAGAAGAAGACGAGGCACGAAGGCAGAAAGAGGUCGCCGCAUGAGCGGGUAGUUGAAGCAGGAAAGAUACCCAUGUUGCAUCUUGAAUAUCAGCACGCAUUCUAGUAUUGCCAAUACGAAUACUGUACAAACCUUAAC